AUUGUGAGCCCCCGGACCUUGAAUGUCCACCAAACCAAAACGUAACAGGUGACGAGAACUGCUACGCAAAUGUCACCUGGACAGCACCUAAUGUUACAGACAACUCUGGAGACUCUUUCACACCAGUAUGUGAUUAUAUAAGUGGAAGCACAUUUGUUGAUGUCAGCACUGUUGUAACAUGUAAUGCCACUGACAAUUAUGAUAACACUGGCAACUGUACAUUUACCAUUACUAUUUACGAUGGUGAAGACCCAGUCGUAAAUUGCCCUGCUAACAUAGAAGUUUGUGUUCAAACUUAUUCUAUAUCAGCAUCUGUACCUUGGGAACCCAUCAACGCAACUGACAACUGUUGUGACAAUGUAAACAUAACGGCAAAUUCCACAUCAGGAGAUGAAUUUGAACUUGGUGAAAAUGUAGUAACAUACACAGCAACUGACUGUAGUGAAAACUCUGCAUCAUGUAGUUUUACUAUAAAAGUGAUUGAUUGCGAAGCUCCUGUUUUGAACUGUUCGCAAGAUGUAGAAUUUGAUGCUGAUGACAAUUGCACUUCCGAUGUAACUUGGACUGAAGUGACAGCAACAGAUAAUUAUGAUAGUGAUGUAACUGUGUUCUGUAACCCGACUGAAGGUAUACUUCCAUUGGGCAACUACACAGUAACGUGUAAUGCGACAGACAUGGCAGGAAACACCGGGAAUUGCUCUUUCAAUAUUUACAUUUUUGAUGCAACUUUCCCAGACGUCACAUGUCCAGAAGAUAUUACUGUUGAGGCUGAUAAAGGUGAUAGCACCACCGCAGUGACAUGGGUUCCUGGUGUUGUUUCUGAUAACUGUUGUGGAAAUGACAUUGAUGUGGUUUAUAAUGCCACAAAUGGCUCAGAUUUUAACAUUGGAGUUACUGUAAUUAGCCUUAUAGCAACAGACUGCAAUGACAAUCAGGAUGAAUGCAUCUUUAGUAUUUAUGUCGAAGAUGAUGAAAACCCAGAAAUAGUUUGUCCAAGUGACUUCAAUUUGACCACUGAUCCAGGACUGUCUACCUCUUUUGUUAAUUGGACAGUCAUUUACACGGACAACACAGAUACUAUGUAUGAUGUCAGAGUAACAGGAUCUGGUACAAGCUACAAUGAAACAGGAGAGAUAUUCUCAAUUGGAAUAACUAGACUUGAGUAUAUUGUAACUGACGUAUUUGGAAACAAUGAUAGUUGCAGAUUUGUUAUUUUUGUCACAGAUAAAGAAGAUCCCGUCAUUACAGGAUGUCCAAGUAACGUAUCUGUAAACACUACUCAAAUGUCUUCCUAUACAAACGUUACAUGGCUUACACCUAAUGCAACAGAUAAUUCUGGGACUGUGUCACUAGUUUCAAUUUAUUCAUCUGGAGAUGGUUUUCCAGUAUCAACGACCACUGUUGUAUAUACUGCCACUGAUCCAUAUAAUAACACAGCUAUUUGUUCUUUUGAUGUAACAGUAAUAGAUCCUGAGAUGCCUUGGUUCAUAAAUUGUCCUAUGGAUAUGGAGUCAAACACAAACACAGGUCUACCGUAUGCGAAUGUAACUUGGCAAGAACCAAUUGCGAUGGAUAACGCUGGAGACGUUGAUGUGGUUCAGACAGCAGAUCCUGGUGAUGGCUUUGAUGUUGGUACUCAUAUAGUUACUUACACAGCAAUUGAUGAGAAUGGAAAUUUGGCAGAAUGCUCUUUCUUUGUUACUGUAUUAGAUUUGGAGGAUCCGGUUAUAGCCGACUGUCCAUUGAAUAUUACGAAUUCGACGGCUCUUAGGGAAAUGUAUGCCAACGUAUCCUGGUAUCCUGAACCUACUGCAAUUGAUAACUAUUGGCUGGUAGCAUUUAAUCAGACACAUAACUCUGGUGAUAGGUUUUUUGUUGGUGUAACUACGGUAACUUAUUUAGCAGUAGAUUCAUCAGGAAAUACAGCGGAAUGCGUAUUUCAUGUAACAAUACAAGAUGAGGUAAACCCAAUAAUAACCAACUGCCCAAGUGACAUUCAUCAGACUACAGAUUUCAGACAGCCAACUGCAGUAAUUGUUUGGACUGCACCUGUUGCUAUGGACAACCAAUACAUUAUAAACUUUACCAGUAACUACAGAUCUGGUGAUACAUUUGUUAUUGGGGUUACUGAAGUCAAUUACACAGCAAUCGACCUCUCAGGCAAUAUAGCUAUAUGCACAUUCUAUGUGAAUGUAACUGAUAACGAGUACCCGGUGUUGCACUGCCCAGAUGAAAUCUCCAUGGCUUCAACAGACAGAAAUCUCUUUUAUUCCACUGUGUAUUGGAAUGUAUCUGUUACCGAUAACUCAGGCUCUGCAACCCUAAAUUGCACAAGCAAAUCUGGUGAUCAAUUUAAUGCUAUUUGGCCAGUAGCACAACAACCAGUUACAUGUUUGGCAGUGGAUCCAUACAACAAUGUUGAAUCAUGUAUAUUUAAUAUUACUGUUUAUGAUGAUGAAAACCCAGAAAUAGUUUGUCCAAGUGACUUCAAUUUGACCACUGAUCCAGGACUGUCUACCUCUUUUGUUAAUUGGACAGUCAUUUACACGGACAACACAGAUACUAUGUAUGAUGUCAGAGUAACAGGAUCUGGUACAAGCUACAAUGAAACAGGAGAGAUAUUCUCAAUUGGAAUAACUAGACUUGAGUAUAUUGUAACUGACGUAUUUGGAAACAAUGAUAGUUGCAGAUUUGUUAUUUUUGUCACAGAUAAAGAAGAUCCCGUCAUUACAGGAUGUCCAAGUAACGUAUCUGUAAACACUACUCGAAUGUCUUCCUAUACAAACGUUACAUGGCUUACACCUAAUGCAACAGAUAAUUCUGGGACUGUGUCACUAGUUUCAAUUUAUUCAUCUGGAGAUGGUUUUCCAGUAUCAACGACCAAUGUUGUAUAUACUGCCACUGAUCCAUAUAAUAACACAGCUAUUUGUUCUUUUGAUGUAACAGUAAUAGAUCCUGAGAUGCCUUGGUUCAUAAAUUGUCCGAUGGAUAUGGAGUCAAACACAAACACAGGUCUACCAUAUGCGAACGUAACUUGGCAAGAACCAAUUGCAAUGGAUAAUGCUGGUGACGUUGAUGUGGUUCAGACUGCAGAUCCUGGUGAUGGCUUCGAUGUUGGUACUCAUAUGGUUACUUAUACUGCAAUUGAUGAGAAUGGAAAUUUGGCAGAAUGUUCUUUUUUCAUUACUGUAUUAGAUUUGGAGGAUCCGGUUAUAGCCGACUGUCCACUUAAUAGAACUAUUCCGACGGCUCUUGGGAAAAUUUAUGCCAAUGUAUCCUGGUAUCCUGAACCUACUGCGAUUGAUAACUAUUGGCUGGUAGCAUUUAAUCAGACACAUAACUCCGGAGAUAGGUUUUUCGUUGGUGUAACUACUGUAACUUAUAUAGCAGUAGAUUCAUCAGGAAAUAAAGCGGAAUGUGUAUUUAAUAUUACAAUACGAGAUGAGGAAAAUCCAGUAAUAACCAAUUGUUUAAGUGAGAUUCAUCAGACUACAGAUGACAAGCAGCCAACAGCAGUAGUUUUUUGGACGGGACCUGUUGCUAUGGACAAUCAGUAUAUUAUGAAUCUUACAAGUAACUACAAAUCUGGUGAUACAUUUGUCAUUGGAGUUACUGAGGUCAAUUACACAGCAGUUGAUCCCUCAGGCAACAUAGCCAUAUGCUCAUUCUAUGUGAAUAUUACUGAUCACGAGUAUCCGGUGUUGCACUGCCCAAAUGAAAGUAUCCUAGCUUCAACAGAUAGAAAUCAUUAUUAUUCCACUGUAUAUUGGAAUAUAUCAGUUACCGAUAACUCAGGAUUUACAACCCUAAACUGCACAAGCAAAUCUGGUGAUCAGUUCAGUGCUAUUUGGCCAGUAACACAACAACCUGUUACAUGUUUGGCAGUGGAUUCAUAUAACAAUGCUGAAUCAUGUAUAUUUAAUAUAACUGUUUAUGAUGAUGAAAACCCGGAAAUAGUUUGUCCAAGUGACUUUGAUGUGACAACCGAUCCUGGACUGUCUACCACUUAUGUUAAUUGGACAGUCAUUUACACGGACAACACAGAUACUAAGUAUGAUGUCAGAUUAACAGGAUCUGGUACAAACUUCAGUCAAACAAGUGGGAAGUUCUCAAUUGGAAUAACUACACUUGAGUAUGUAGUUACCGAUAUAUUUGGAAACAAUGAAACCUGCAGCUUUGAUAUUUUUGUCACAGAUAAAGAAGAUCCAGUCAUUACAGGAUGUCCAAGUGACAUAUCUGUAAACACUACUCGAAUGUCUUCCUACACCAACGUAACAUGGUUUACACCUAAUGCAACAGACAAUUCUGGUACUGUGUCACUAGAUUCAAUUCAUACAUCUGGUGACGGUUUCCCACUAUCAACUACCACUGUCGUAUACACUGCCACUGAUCCAUAUAAUAACACGGCUAUUUGUUCAUUUGAAGUGACUGUAAUAGAUCCUGAGAUGCCAUGGUUCAUGAAUUGCCCAUUGGAUAUUAAGGCAAACACAAACCUAGGCCGUUCAUAUGCAAACGUAACUUGGCAAGAACCGAUUGCCAUGGACAACAGUGGUAAUGUUGAUGUAAUUCAGACUGCAGAACCGGGAGAUGGUUUUGUUGUUGGUUCUCAUAUGGUUAGUUACACAGCAGUUGAUGAACAUGACAACGUGGCAGAAUGCUUCUUUACUAUAAAGGUGUCAGAUAAUGAAGUACCUUUGUUUAAUUGCGACAUCAAUAAUGUGACUGUACAAGUGGAUAUAGACAGUUCUACCUCUACAGCAACUUGGACAUUGGACGACGCAACUGAUAAUGUCGGAGUGGUCAGCAUGACUCAGACUUAUAACCAAUCGUUUGAAUUUGAAAUUGGCAGGACAUCAGUUACUUAUACAGCAACAGAUGCUGCUGGGAAUGAAGGGAAUUGUUCUUUUGAUGUUAUUGUAUUAGACAACACUAGACCAUUACUUAAUUGUCCAGAUGACUUCAGAAUGAUUUCUACAGAUCCAGGGAAACCUUACUCUACUAUACGUUGGAAUGUGACAGCUACCGAUAACUCAGGCCCAGUAAAUCUAAACUGCUCCAGAGAAUCUGGUGAUCACUUUAAUGUCGUCUGGCCAACACUAGAAGAAAACGUAACGUGUAUUGCACAUGAUCAGUAUGACAACAUAGCAUCAUGUAUAUUUUCUGUUACAAUUUACGACGACGAGCCUCCUGAAAUUGUUUGUCCAAGAGAUUUCAACUUAACUACUGAUGUUGGACAUCCAACCGCUGCUGUUGAGUGGACAGUUAAAUAUACAGACAAUAGUGAAAGUUUAUAUGAUGUUAAAAUAUCAGGCACUGGCAUAAGUUAUAAUCAAACGGGGACAGAAUUUGCAAUUGGUAUGACUGAACUAGAAUACAUGGUAGCAGAUGUAUUUGGCAACAUUAAUAAUUGUUCUUUUAUGGUGUCAGUAAAAGACCAGGAAAAGCCGGUAAUUGUAGGAUGUCCAAAUGACACCGUUGUAAACACUACACAAAUGUUUUCUUAUGCAAACGUAACAUGGGUCGCACCUACUGCAAUUGAUAAUUCUGGCAGCGUCACACUGCACACAAAUUAUACACCUGGUGAAAGUUUCUCAGUAUCAACAACUACAGUUGUAUACACAGCCAUCGAUCGAUAUGGUAACACAGCUAAUUGUUCCUUUGAUGUGACUGUGGUAGAUCAAGAAAUGCCUUGGUUUAUGAAUUGUCCAACGAAUAUGGAGACAAAUACAACUCAAGGUCUUUCAUAUGCUAACGUAACUUGGCAAGAACCAACUGCUAUGGAUAACGCUGGUGAUGUUGAUGUGGUUCAGACUGCAAACCCUGACGAUGGUUUUGGUGUUGGUAGUGAUAUAGUUACUUACACUGCAAUAGACGAACAUGACAAUGUGGCAAAAUGCUCUUUUACAAUUACUGUGUCAGAUUAUGAGGUGCCAGUCUUUGAUUGCAAUAUUAACAAUGUGACUGUAAGCUUGGGCAUAGAUAGUUCUACCUCCACGGCUAAUUGGACAUUGGAAGAUGCCACCGAUAAUGUUGGUGUGGUCAGAAUGACUCAGAACUAUAACCAAUCGUAUGACUUUGACAUUGGCACAACAGUAGUUACUUAUAUAGCAACGGAUGCUGCUGGCAAUGAAGGAAGAUGCUCCUUUGAGGUCACUGUACUGGAUAUAACACCACCUCUGAUAAAAUGUGUGUUAAAUGUGACCGUCUCCACUGAUCCAAAUCUACCAACUGCCAAUGUCUCUUGGGAGUUGCCGACAGCAUCUGACAACAGUGGAAUUAAUCCAAAGCUUGAUUCAAACGUACAAUCCUAUACUAUAUUUAGUAUUGGUUCAACUGAGGUGAAGUAUACAGCUACAGAUAGAUCUAACAACACAGCUACUUGUUCAUUUCAAGUUAUUGUUAUUGAUACGGAAGAUCCAAUUCUUACAUGUCCACCAAAUAUGCCAUUUGUUGAAACUGACUCCAGGAGUGCAGAUGCCAUUGUAACUUGGAUGACUCAAGUUGAAGACAAUUCAGGCCGAUUCAAAGUAACCUCAACACAUUCACCAGGAUUUGCCUUCCCAAUUGGAAAUACAACUGUGGUAUACAAUGUACAGGAUUUUGAGGGAAACACAGCUGAUUGUUCGUUUAACAUCACAGUAAUAGAUACGGAAAAACCUUAUCUUGUUUGUCCGGAUAAUGUUGUUAGUAAUACCGAUAAAAGCGCUACUUGGAAUAUUCCUGAACCACUGGAUAACUCUGGACUGGAAGUUAUCCUAACUGGUUCUGCUUCACCUGAAGAUUCGUGGGAAGACGUUGGAGUAUACCCUGUCAUUUAUACUGCAACUGAUGUAAAUGGAAAUAUUGCAAUGUGUUCUUUUAAUGUUACUGUCAUUGAUGCCUGCUUUGAUCAAAACUGUCUAAAUGGUGGGACUUGUCAAGAUCUUGGUGGAACGUCUAAAUGUAUUUGUCCAGUGUUUUAUAGUGGCGAAUUCUGUCAAAAUGAACCAGAUUCUCCAGUUUUUACAGUAUUUCCAACUUCAGUAAAGGCCAAUCUUUAUAAAUCUGUCGAUCUUACGUGCAAAGUGGCCAAUUCAGGUGACUGGCAGUGGUAUAAGGAUAAUGUUCCCCUUUUCUCAACAAAGAAUCUAAAUCGAAUAACAGUUGUAAUGACCAUUGAUAAUCAAGGAUACUACACAUGCAGUGGAUAUGGAGCAGGACCUCACAAGGAUACUCUAGUUAAUUCAUCAGAGGUUCUGUUCUUUGUAAAUGGUACGUACACUUUUCCUGCGUCUCUGACAUUUAACCGUACGUUCAACGAAAAGUUUUCUGAUCCAUCAUCUGCAGCUUUCAAACAAGAAUCAUCAUUUAUCUAUAACUUUUUGAGCAAAGAUUUGUCGUUGAAUGGGGAUGUAAGCAUGCAAAUACGGCGCCUUUCUCUUGGUAGUGUCAUUGCAGAUAUUAAUUUCUAUGUAAUGAACUCAAACGCUUCCUAUGAAGAAUUGUCAAAAAGUCUAACUGAGGAGUUAGUCAGAAUCGGAAAUAAUUCUAAUGGAUUACUCGGCUCGGAAAAUGUUGUGAUACAAAGUACAGAAACUUGUGACGGAGAAAAGUAUGGUGACCAGUACACAUUUCCUGAUGCUAGUGUAGGAGAGACUGUUGAUUCAGAAGAAACAUGUGAUGAAAGCAAAGUGUAUUAUCGCCGACGUCUAGCUAAUCGAACUUGUAACGGCGAUGGAUUUCGUCCUGCGUAUUGGGGCAAUCCUGUAAUAGCAGACUGCGGACCUGACGCCACUGCCGAACAACUGUUAAAACGUCUAAUGGAGGAGGAUGUCACAUUAGAAAACGUUGAAGAUGUGAGCAUGGAAGUAGAAGAGAUUACUAGUAACACAGAAGAGAUUACUGUGCAAGCAUUAGAAUCCACUGCUGAGAUAAUGGAGGAAAUUCUUAGUACAGAUUCUGAUUCUACUGAGGUGACUAGUGCUGUUGUUACCGUAGUAGAUAACUUGUUCAGCGUUGAAGAGGAAAUUCUGAUGGAAAGUCAAAUGGAAGAUCAAGCCCCGACUAAGAUUGUUGAAGUUCUUGAAGAGCAACUGAGCCAGGUAAAGGUUGAUGAGGAAGGUGUUUACGAAGUAAUAACCCCCAAUAUUGCAGUACAGGCUCAGGUGGUUGAUGUCAGUGAAGUCAGUGAAGAGGAAAUCACUUAUCUUAGCUAUAUAUCAGAAUCAACUAAGAAUAGUGUAGGUGGGGUUCAAACAAUUGACGAGAGCGAGGAAAUACCCAAUUCUGCAAAUGUGUCAAUUGCUCUUCCAGCCAGUAUUUCUGAGGUCGUUAAGGAAAAUAAUAUGACAGAUUUCCGGAUUGUAGUUAUUGUCUAUAAUGACAGUAGAUUGUUCCAGUCAUCUCAGUUUAAUGAAAGUUCCAAUCGGAGACCAAAUAGUCAAGUUAUUUCUCUGUCUGUCCCUGGAUUAGAUGAUCGCUUUGAAUUGGAUGAACCUAUCCUUAUAACAUUCCUUCCCAUUGAAAUCUCUGAGACUAACAGAAAAACAACAUGUGUAUUUUGGGACUUCGGGCUUGAUAACGGAACUGGAGGAUGGUCACCAGAGGGUUGUUCAUUUGUAAAUGGGUCUACGGAUGGGAGUGAUAGGCAGUACUGCGAGUGUAAUCACCUUACAAACUUUGCCAUACUUAUGGAUUUCUACGACGUAGACAUAGAUGUUCUGCCACCAGCGGCUGACAUCAUCACAAAAGUUGGUUUAAGUAUAUCGAUUCUCUCACUUUUCCUGACGAUCUUUACUUUUGUCACUAACAGGAAAUUUCGAAAAAGUGAACCAAAGAGAAUCUUAAGUCAGCUGUGUUUAUCCUUGCUUGGUCUGUAUAUUGCAUUUCUUACUGGAGUUGACAGAACUUACAGCAAACGAUCGUGUGUGUUUGCUGGAGCGUUUUUGCAUUACUUCUUACUGUCUUCCAUCUUUUGGAUGAGUGUUCAAGCUGUGCAUAUGUACUACUUGUUUGUGAAAGUUUUUGAUUCUCAUGUGCGACACUUUUUCUUGAAAGCUUUCUUAUUUGCAUGGGGUUUACCACUGGUGAUUGUCUUAAUUUCUGCAUUUAUUGAUAUUGAUAGUUAUGUCGAUUCCGAUAGACAUUGUUUCCUGACCCUACAACGUAUGUACUAUAGUGUUGCAAUUCCUGUAGCCAUAUCACUACUUGUCAACUUUGUCGUAUUUAUUAUGGUCUUGCACAAUUUGAGCAAGCUCGGAAAAAAUGCAACUAAAACUCAAAAAAGGGAAAAGAAAAUCAAAAGCAAAGGGAUGCAGAUGUUACAAAAUGGCGUGAGCAUCGCAAUGGUUCUGGGGUUAACAUGGCUCAUCGGCUUCUUCGCCAUUGGAGAUGCUUCAACAAUGAUGCUGUGGUUGUUUUGUAUUCUUAAUUCUUUCCAAGGAUUUCUCAUUUUCCUAAUGUACUGUGCCAGAAAUAAGGAAGUACGCAAUCACUGGCUAAAGCUUUUUCGCAAUGUACCAGGAGGUACAAAACGCCUUCGAUCGUUUAUAUCCGGCGAAACACGACGAUCAAGUUUAUUCUCGGGUUUGUUCAAAUCUCAUUCAUCUAGUAGGCAAAGAUCAUUCUCCAAUUCGUCUUCGUAUCCUACCCACCCUAGACAUUAUCACAGUGAAAAUAGUCAAGUUAAGCUCGGAAAACUCUCAUCCACUUCGGAGAACAUCAAUCUAAGGCGCUGAUCCAUUCCCAAAUAUUCAUAUUUUCAUACGUAUUCUAAAUGAUAGUGCUAAGGUGGCCUUCGUACUUCACAUGUAUUCCCUGUGUAACCGAUAAAGAUGAUGAUUCACCGUCGUAGUUACUUGAACGUAUGAAAGGCAAAUGUUAUUUUGAUAUCAAUUAAAUUGAAAUGACCAAAUCUUGCCUAUAUUAUUUUGUUAUUUUAAAUUUUGACAAAUACAAGUGACAUGCCUAAUUAUGGUCAUGAU